AUGCUUCGCCACGUCUCGCGACUCGCGGCCACCUCUGCGCUCCGUGGCCAGCCGCUCUAUCGCCAGACGCCCCGCUUUGCGGCAGCGCUCUCGACGUCCACGUCCGCGUCGCCCCCCAGUCCGCGCACGGCCGCCGCCGCAUCGGCAUCCGCGGCCCCGAUCGGCUCGUCGUCGCUCGCCACCGAGUUCCAAGACACGAAGCGCAUUUUCGCGAGCAAGAGCACGGUCGAGCUCGUGCGCGCCUACGGCGUGUACUACCUGUCGCAGUUCCGCCCGCUCGUGCAGCACAGCGGUGAGCUGCUCGAGCUCUCGUACACGUUCCCUGGCGCAGCGUUCACCGACGCACUGCUGCGCGCGACGUUCUUUGGCCACUUUUGCGCGGGCGAAGACGUGAACGAGAUCCGCCCCGUGAUCCGCAAGCUCGAGGCCGCCGGCAUUGGCGCGAUCUUGGACUUUGCGGCCGAAGCCGACGUCGAGCAGCCGCGCGACCUCAACGGCGUGGACCAGAACUUGGUCUCGGCGCGCACGUACGCGUACGACGGCGAAGCCGCGUGCGACGCGAACGCGGCCAUCUCGCGCCACGCGAUCAGCGACGCCAGCGAAGCCGCGUCGGCCGGCGAGCCGGCGUUCGUGGCCAUCAAGUGCACGGCGCUCGGCAAGCCCGAGCUGCUCAUGCGCAUGUCGGCGAUCAUUGUGCAGGCGCAGCUGCUGUUCCACACGCUGGACGGGCCGAACCUGUCGCGCGCCAAGUCGCGCUACCUCGAGCGCAUGAUUGACUACCCGACGCUGAGCGCCGGGCUGCGGAACGCUGGCGUCGAUGCGGACGAAGAGGAGAUUUUGAAGCUGUUUGCCGAGCUGGACCAGUCGUCGGGCGACGGCGUGAUUGACUAUGUCGACUGGGUGAGCUUCUUGGACCCGUUGGACUUGACAAUGGGUCCGCUGACGCAGUUUAUUGACGAAGAGCCGCUGUCGGACCACGAAAAGACGCAGCUGCGCAAUAUGAUUGCGCGGCUCGAGUCGCUGGCCAACUACGCGUCGGAGCGCGGGGUGAAGCUCAUGGUGGACGCCGAGCAGACGUACAUGCAGCCGGCGAUCGACCACUUGACGCUAAACCUGCAGCGCAAGCACAAUCGCGACGGCGCGGACGUGAUUUACAACACGUUCCAGUGCUACCUCAAGAUGUCGAACGACCGUGUGGACAUUGACUUGGAACGGGCCCGUCGCGAGAAGUUCCGCUUUGCGGCUAAGCUCGUGCGCGGGGCCUACAUGGUCCAGGAGCGCAAACGCGCGCGCGACAAGGGGUACGAGGACCCGAUCCACGACACAAUCGACGACACGCACGAGAACUACGACGCGCAGGUGUCAAAGCUGCUGCGCCACAACCACUUGGCCAGCUUUAUGGUAGCGUCGCACAAUGAGCAGUCUGUGAUCAAUACGGUGCAGCAGAUGCAGGACAUUGGCAUCAGCCGUGCGACUGGCGGGGUGUACUUUGGGCAGCUACUCGGCAUGUGUGACCACGUUUCGUACACAUUGGGUGCCAAUGCGUACAAGGUGUUCAAGUACGUGCCGUAUGGCCCCAUUCACGAGGUCCUGCCGUAUCUCAUCCGCCGUGCGCAGGAGAACUCGGGCCUCAUGAGCGGUGCUCAGUUGGAGAUGCGCAUGUUGAGCACGGAGAUCAGGCGCCGCAUGUUCGGAUGA